CAGCGCGGGCUGGCUGCACAGGCCUGUCGCGCUGGCCAUGGCUCCCUGGGCUGGAGCCGAGCUCUCCACGCUGAACCCGCUAAGCGCGGUGUGGCUCACGCUGGCCGCCGCCUUCUUGGUCACCCUGCUGCUGCAGCUGGUGCCGGCGGGCCUGUUCCCGGGCUGCCCGCUUUUCCAAGACCUGAUCCGCUAUGGGAAGACCAAAGGUGCUAGGCCGCCGCGCCCAGCCGCGUGCCAGGCCUUUGAUAUCCCCAAGAGGUAUUUUUCACAUUUCUAUAUCGUCUCUGUGGUGUGGAAUGGUUUCCUGCUUUGGUGCCUUAUUCAGCCUCUUUUUCUGGGAGCACCUUUUCCGAACUGGCUUCAUGGUUUGCUCAGAAUUCUUGGGGCUUCCCAGUUCCAAGGAGGUGAGCUGGCACUGUCUGCAUUCUUAGUGUUGGUAUUUCUGUGGCUGCACAGCUUGCGAAGACUCUUUGAGUGCUUCUACGUCAGUGUCUUCUCCAAUGCCAUGAUUAAUGUCGUGCAGUACUGUUUUGGACUUGUUUACUAUGUUCUCAUCGGCCUCACUGUGCUGAGCCAAGUGCCAAUGGAUGGCAGGAAUGCGUAUGUAAUAGGGAAGAAUCUAUUGAUGCAAGCACGGUGGUUCCAUAUCCUCGGAAUGCUGAUGUUCAUCUGGUCAUCUGCCCAUCAGUAUAAGUGCCAUGUAAUUCUCGGCAAUCUCAGGAAAAACAAAGCAGGAGUGGUCAUUCACUGUAACUACAGAAUUCCUUUUGGAGACUGGUUUGAAUAUGUUUCUUCCCCUAACUAUUUAGCAGAGCUGAUGAUCUACAUUUCCAUGGCCGUCACCUUUGGGUUCCACAACAUAACUUGGUGGCUGGUGGUAACAUACGUCUUCUUCAGCCAGGCCCUGGCUGCUUUCCUCAGCCACAAAUUCUACAAAAGCAAAUUUGUCUCCUACCCAAAGCAUAGGAAAGCUUUCUUGCCAUUUUUGUUUUAAGAUAAGCUAAGCCAUGAAGAAUGUAAACUAGGUGACAGACUUAAUUCCUAAGGACAAAGAAGUCUAGAGACCAAAGUACAGUUUCUGUAGAACUGUUUGAAACUCUCUGUUCUGUUUUUAUACCCCAAAGUCCUCCCUUAAUGAACAAAGCCAUCCCCCUUGAGAAAAUGAAUCUUAAAGUGUCUUCAGAGAAGAAAUACUUUUGACA